CUCUCUCUCUCUCUCUCUCUCUCUCUCUCUCUCUCCCCCCCUACAUAUUGUCUCUGCAACAACCGCUUUUUUCUCCUAUAGACCUUGACCUCCAAUGGAUGUUUAACAAUAGAAGAUAUUGAAGAUAUCAGUACCACUUUAUUCAUUCAACCUUAGGAAGGGAAUUAUAGUAAUGCAUACCUCUAGCAAGCUUAAGAGGGAAUUCAUCAAGAAAUGGUUUAAGGGUCUUCAGAUAUGUUGUUCUUCAAAGAAAAUGGAUGUUUUGGAGAGAAAGAAGAAGAUAAAGUUUUGUGCAGAUAUUGCUAUGGCUUCUGCCAAAAAUGCCACAACUUCUUGGAGCAAUGCAGUAAUUUCUGAUGCUAUGAAAUACGAAGAAAACUCUAUUCUCAUGGAUAAUUUAUUAAGCCACAAGUCAAGGUUCAUCCCACAAAAGACUGCAGCUGUUUGCAAAAUGAUCGCUCUCCAUAAGAGGUUUCGAAGCAAGAAGAUCUUGAAAAAGUGUUGUAGUGUUGCUCAAAGAGCAAAAAAGACGUUUCCUCCUACAUCCAAUUUAGCUACUUAUAUUGCAAAAAGAUUGGUAAAAAAGAGAACCCAAGUUCUUAAAAGACUUGUACCUGGUGGAGAAGCCAUGGAUGAAUUCUCCCUCAUCAAAGAAGCAUUAGACUACAUCCUUUCCCUUAGGGUACAAGUUGAUGUCAUGAGAAAUCUCGUGAAUGCAACCGAGGUUUUGAAUGAAAGUAAUUCACCCAUAGUCGAUUAAUACAUAGCUUUAUUUUUCUUUUGUAUCUCAAAAACAACAGGAUCGAGAAACUUAACUAAGGCUCGAUUUCUUGAACCAAAAUCAUGUACAGGAUCAAAAACUGCGACUUUGGUUGAUGAUUUUUGAGAAAAUGUAGUUCUUUACUUUCAUUGAUCAUCUCCGGUUAAAGUUUAAAAAAGUUAUUUACAUGUUAGUUCUAAAGGACUGGGAGCUUGUUUUUCUUGCUAGCAUCAAGAAUAAGUAUACAUUUUCUUGAUUUAGCUAAGGACUUUUGUAAGUUGAUUUCAUUCUAUUCUCAGGUUGUUAAUUUGUCUUUGA